AUGUUCGCUGGUGGCUCUGGAGCAAUGCCGGAGCCGGAGCCGGAGCCGGCGGAAGCAGCGCAGGCGUCCCGGCGCCAGUGCCUGACGCGGAGGAGCUGCGGCGGAAGAGACUGGAAGCGCUCCAGGCUUCCAUGGAGGCGUCCAAGGCCAAGGCAGAAGCGGCAGCAGAGGCGGAGGCAGAGGGCCUUCGGCAGCGAAGAGCGGAGCGAGCGGCCAAGGCAGCGCUCUGACGUGGGGCGAAGAGGCAAAGGAGCCACCAAAGUCGCCGAAGCCGGAGUCAGCCCCGGCACCAGCUGCCCCGGCACCAGCUGCCCCGGCACCAGCUGCCCCGGCACCAGCUGCCCCGGCACCAGCUGCAGCGGCGGAGCCGGCGGCGGCCAAGGCGGCCAAGGCGGCUCCGAAGACAGAUGCGGUGCCGCGUCCGCCCGCGCAAGCAGCGCCGGUAGCUCCGCCCGCGCCAGCGCCAGCUUUGCCGGCGGCACCAGCGGAACCCGAGGCACCGGCGGAGGCUUUGAGCGUUCGGGUACAGAGCACGCUGAAAGGCAGCACCAGCGCCUUUGUGCUGGAGGAGCUGAGUACAGAGAGCUCGGUCUCGGAGUUGGAGGCGUUGGCUCUGGGCGCCUUUCAGCCAGGCGAG